AUGUUAAUUUCUGUGUUUUUAGGCCAGUGGGGUCGUUGCAUUGGUGAAGACUGUGGCCCAAGUGGAGUGCAGAGUAGAACAGCGUGGUGUGUUCACAUUGAAGGAUGGACAACGCAUCAUUCACACUGUAAAUAUGAAGAAAGACCAGAAAUUCAGAGGGAGUGCUUCAAAGUGUGCGAUUGGCAUCAGGAACUUUUUGAAUGGGAGCUUUCCAAGUGGGGAGACUGUGUGCUUCGCACCAUUUCAAACAAACUUAAACCAAAGACCUCAGCCUGCAUCACAGCACAGCAGGGACUGCAGCACAGGAAGGUAAACUGCCUACGGAAAUCCAACAGAUCACUGGUGGUAGAUGAGAUUUGCGAAUUCUUUUCACCUAAGCCUCCCUCAGACCAGGCCUGCCUCAUUCCCUGCCCACAGGACUGUGUGGUAUCAGAGUUCUCACCCUGGUCAACCUGUAGUAAGGGAUGUGGGAAAGGACUACAGCACCGCAUUCGAGCAGUACUGUCACCACCAUUGUAUGGUGGACAGAAAUGCCCAAUGCUGACAGAAACCAGGAGCUGUGAUUCACAGGUCUCCUGCUUGGUUGGGGAGGAUGAGUUCCAGUACAGUUUGAAGGUGGGACCCUGGAGUGACUGUAGACUGCCACACCAAAGACAGACCAGACAGAGUGGAAGAACCAUCCUGGACUUCAGCUUGCAAGCCCUGGGAAAGCAUCCUGUUAAGCAUCUCAUUCACUCUCAUUCUAAGCCAUGGGAUGUACAGAUAGGAUAUCAAACCAGACAUGUGCGAUGUACAAGAAGCGAUGGGAAGAAUGCCAUGUUGAGUCUUUGUGUCCAGGACAACACUCCCGUGACCUUUCAAUCAUGCGUUAUGUCCAGAGACUGUGCAUUCUCUGAAUGGUCUGGAUGGAGUUCAUGCUCAAAGACCUGUCAAUCACCUGACUUGUCUCCGGGAUACAGAAGCAGGACUCGAUUUAUGAAGCACGUACCUUUAGGGGGAGGCAAAGAGUGUCCGAAUCUCGAGGAAAAAGAAACUUGUAAUAUUGGAGGCGAAGGAUUAACACCAUGUCCCAGAUUUGCUUGGAAAACUGCUGAGUGGAAUGAAUGUCAGGUGACUCCUCUGCUCAGUCAGCAGAACUUUCAGAGGAGGAAUCAGUCAGCCUUGUGUGGAGGUGGCAUACAAACAAGAGAGGUUUACUGUGUGCAGCAAAUGAAGGAGAAUAACAAACAGAAGCUGAAAGAAGUCUCUCGGCCGGUACAUACAAGCCUCUGCACAGGAUCCAUGCCUGUGACUUCACAGCUUUGCACCAUUGCUUGCCCUACUGCCUGUCUGCUUUCACCCUGGUCUGCCUGGGGACCCUGCAUUCCUGAGAACUGCCAGGACAUUCGUGGGAAAAAAGGCUUUAAAAUAAGAAGACGCCACAUGAUUCGAGAACCCACUGGCUAUGCUCAAAGCUGUCCAUACCUUACGGAGGCCAUUCCUUGUGAUAACCCGACAUGUUAUGAUUGGCAUGUGAUCGAAGAGGCUGUCUGUUUGACACUAAAUAAUGGCGAAUGUGGGCGAGGAACCCGUAACCAAACAAUUUUGUGCAAGAAUAACCAAGGAGAGAUGACAUCAAACGAGCUGUGUGGAGAAUCGCCUUUUCUUAGUCUUGUUGUGUGUGAAGUGCCUUGUCCUACUGACUGCAUUCUCAGCGAAUGGUCCAAGUGGUCAGUUUGCUCACGCUCAUGUUCUGGCAAGAACGCAGAAGGCAGACAAAGCAGAAUGAGGUCUAUCAUAGCACCAGCUGGAGAAGGUGGGAACCCAUGUCCACCCAGCAAAGCCUUGGACGAAUUGCGAUCUUGCAAUGAGCACAUCUGCACAAUAUUUUACUGGGAUGCCUCACCCUGGGGCCCUUGCACUGAAGAUAUAUCUGUGACAGCCCUCAAUGCCACUAUAAGUUGGAAUGGAGAGCCCACAUGUGCUGUCGGGAUGCAGACUCGAAAGGUCACUUGCAUGAAAAGCAAGAUUGGACAGGUUACUCCCAAAAGGUGUCCUGAAAUUACCAGACCAGAAAAUUUCCGACCAUGUCUUUUGCCAUGCAAAAAGGACUGCAUUGUUACCCCUUUUGGUGAAUGGACGUCUUGCCCUACAACAUGUCAGCAAUGUAAUGUCUCUUCUGCUAAGCAGUCUCGCCACAGAAUUAUCAUUCAGAAACCUGCCAACAAGGGUCAGGAAUGUCCGGAUACUCUGUAUGAAGAAAGAAAAUGUGAAGUACUUUCAGUUUGUCCGAAGUACAGAUGGAAGGAACACAAGUGGCAUCGCUGCAUUAUUGCUCCUGAUUAUGUCAGACGGGGAACUAUCGGAGCAAAUGAAGCCUGUGGUUCUGGUUUACAGAUUAGAGGUGUGACAUGUCAGACGGAUGACCAGCAUGUAGAUAUUAUUGAAUGCCUGAAGAUGGCUGGUUACAUGCCCAACCAGGUGCAGGAAUGUCGAGUACCCUGUCACAAUGACUGUUUGUUAACCAACUGGUCCAGGUUCACUUUAUGUGCAGCAGGCUGUGGAUCAACCCGCAGUAGGAGAAGAUCUCUCAUAGGAAAAAGCAAGAAGCGAGACAAGUGUUUGAAGUAUCCACUCGCAGAGACUGAGCCUUGUCCAUGUGAUAAAUUUAGCAUUCAGCCACAAAGGAAUUUGUCAGAUUGCAUUCUUCCAGAAAGCAAGGUGGAACUACAACUUGGGAUGAAAGUUCAAGGAGACAUCAAGCAAUGUGGACAGGGUACGCGUUAUCAAGCCGUAGCCUGUUAUGAUCAGAACAAAAAUCUGUUGGAUCCCUCCCUAUGUGGAAGUUCUGGAUAUGUUGAACAGACUUGCAUUCUACCUUGUCCGUCGGAUUGUAAGCUAAGUGACUGGUCAAACUGGUCAAUGUGCAGCAAAACAUGUGGAAGUGGGAUCCGGGUCAGGUCCAAAUGGCUACGGGAGAAACCGUAUAAUGGAGGUCGACUAUGCCCCAAGCUAGAUAUAAAAAAUCAGGUGUAUGAGACACUUCCAUGCUGCAGUGAUUGCAGUCAGUAUAACUGGAUCGCUGAACCUUGGACUGUUUGCAAAAUCAGCAGAGAGGCCACUCACAACUGUGGAGAAGCCACACAGAUGAGAAACAUUAGAUGUGUGAGUAGUGCAGCUGAUGGACUUGGGGAGAACGUGAAUGAUACUCUAUGUGAUUAUGAGGAGAAGCCAGCUGGAACCCGUCAGUGCUCUCUGCCUUGCCCAAAUGAUUGUGUAGUGUCUGACUGGGGCCAAUGGAGCGCAUGUUCACAGCAUUGCAAUGUUCUAAAUGUCAGUGUUCGGACUCGAUAUCCACUACGUUUGCCGGCAAAUGGGAAAACCUGCCCAGAAGUCUCGGAAGUGGAACCUUGUGUCCUCAACAAAAACUGCUUUCACUAUCAGUACAACUUAACAGAUUGGGGCACUUGCCAGCUGAAUGAUGAAGCAGUUUGCGGGGAAGGAAUGAAGAGCCGCAUGUUGGACUGUGUGCGGAGUGACAGAAAAUCAGUUGCUAUCAAGCACUGUGAGAAGGUGGAACUGGAGUCCCCCUGGCGCUUGUCUAUGCACUGCUUCGUAGAGUGUCCUGUAAACUGUCAGCUGUCAGCAUGGACUUCCUGGUCAGACUGCUCUCGCACUUGUGGAUUUGGGGAUCAGAUGAUGCGUACCAGGCAUGUGCUUCAAAGGGCUCAUGGAGAGGGAAGACCUUGCUCGCCCCAGCUCUCACAGUAUAAACCUUGCCCUAUAAAGCCAUGUUAUAGCUGGGUGUUUAGUGAAUGGUCGGCAUGUGAAGUGGAGGGUGCACAGUGUGGUGAUGGCUUUAAGAUGCGCAACCUGUCGUGUUUCAUUCAUGAUGGGACACGCUCUGACACAGGCAGGGAAGUGGAGUACAAGUUGUGUGGAGAUAGGCCGGUUGCAAUAAAGGAUAGUGAGUCGGAACUAAAGAUCCACUGUUCUGUGCCUUGCCCAGGUGACUGUCACCUUACUGAGUGGUCGACAUGGAGUUCCUGUCAGCUAAUCUGUCUGGACGGAAAGCGAUUUGAAGCGACUGGUCACCAAACCCAUUCUAGAGCUGUAAUCGUUCAGGCUCUGGAAAACCAGGACAACUGUCCACAGCAAAUCUGGGAGGAGAGGCCAUGUGCAGAUGGAAAAUGUCAAGAGUAUGAAUGGAGAUCGAGCCCCUGGAUUGGCAAUGAACGGAAUGUGUGGUGUGUGCGUUCAGAUGGUGUAAAUGUGACAGGUGGAUGCUCUUCUCUGAGCCAGCCAGCUGCAACCAGACACUGCCACCCUCCCUGCACUAAACCAUACUCCUAUUGUACCCAGGGUGGUGUGUGCGGCUGUGAAACAGGUUAUCUGGAAGUAAUGACCCCUUAUGGGUUCCUUGACUACUGCACUAAAAUUCCAGGACCCGAAGAGAAAAGGGCGGAUGUGAAAACUAGUGCAGGGAAGAACAAGGCUGGGAAUUCGAAGAUCCAGGAGUUUUUUAAAGGAUGGUCUAUUGAUCCUUUUGAUCUUGAUGGUAAACCAAAGGUGUGGGUGUAUGGAGUAUCUGCAGCUGCUCUGAUUCUCAUUAUCUUCAUAACUGUCCUGUCUUAUCUGAUUUGUAAAAAGACAAGUCAGCAAAGACGCUCAGCCCCUCAACAGAAACCUCUGACUUUAGCCUACGAUGGAGAUAUUGACAUGUAAUGAACUCUCCAGAGCCGAUUCUUCCAUUGUACUGUUCAUAAUCACAGGAUGACAGAAGCCUUAACCUUAGUGUUAAACACUAGCAAGGAAGAUAAUCCUCAAAAUCAUCUUUGAGAAAUGCCUCAGAAAUCACUUCUUAAAAAAAAUGAUCCUCAGCAAAUUCGAAUUGUGGACUUGGACAUGAGCUUUUAUAAAAGAAUCUGAAAGUUACAUAGGUCAAACUUUACAGAAACUCUAAUACAACUGACAACUCUUUACAAUUGUUUACUUCACAGAGGAGUUAGCACUUCUUAGUGAAAUGAAGACCAAGACUGAUUUAUACUGCAUUCCAUGUUCAAUUUUCAUGACAGUAGGUGAGAAAAGUUUGCUUAGAAUUUCUAGUCGAAAGGUAUGAAGACAAUCCAAAUGAAAACAACAUUGCAUUUACAAUCUGUCAUCCGUAAGUGCAUUAUGAUGGCAGGAAAACUCUGCAUAUUGCUUUAAAGAAGAACUCUGGCCUAAAAGGCCAAUUUUGUAGAACACUAUGCGCUAUAUUAGUGCAUCAUUUCUUGCAUUUAUUGAACAAAAAAAACAAUUUCUAGUGUUACAAUAUAUGUACGAAGAAUUUUAAUAUCACAUGUAGCUUAUUCUUUUAAGUGACUUUCUCUAAACAAAAUCUGGUCGAUCAAAGAGAUGCAAAAAAAAAGUUGCAUUGUGGAGCCUUAAUGAAUUUUAUUUUGUAAUGAACACCUUUGCUUCAAAUGAGAUAAGGCCCCGUCUUUUAAUUGGAAGUCAGGGUGCUCCUGGGGGAAUGGUGAGUAUCAUGUGUGGGAGAGAAUGAUAUUUUCAGUAGAUAAUGAUAAAUGGUUCAUAUAUUUCUGACUUCAGUUCCACGUCUUGAUCAUUGUUACCCAUAUGAGGUGACCAAGUGUAAAUAGUGUUCUGCCUCUGCACCAAAUGAAGUCACUCACUGAGUCAUUAAACACUUUGUUCUCCUGUAAUCAGAAAUUUCUAUCAGUUCAUCUUGAAUGGCAAGACUUAGUGAAUAAUCAGUUUUAGUUUCCUUCAAAGAUUUUGUGAUAAAAUUAAAUGAUCUGACUGCUGACUGGUAUUUAAUGAUGAAAUCAAUAUGGUUCAUUGCAGAAAAGAGAGGCUAGUUUGAAUUCAGUUUGAUGAACUUGGCCAAAUGCCUUGAAGACAAUUAUUUAAUCUACAAGUUACAAUGGUUGUGGAUUCAUAUAACAAACAUAACAUAGCUUUUACUGAUCUUCAUUUGUGAGUCUCAGGAGAGUUGUGCUAACAGCUGGUAUUGUGUGUUCGUUUUUGAAAUGUGUUCAUUAUUCAAACUGGGAACAGUUUUCAGUGUAUUUUUUGUGAAAAUAAACCAGAAAGCAGCUGGUUUUAAUGUGGACGUUCAGUUCUCGUUUGCUCCACACUAUAUGGACAGUACCUUAAUGAUGGGAGAGAAUGUUUUGCAAAGCUGAUAAAUGAACUAACUAACAUUUCAGAAAGUUGAAAAUUUGGCAAGU